CGCCCCGUUCCCUCUCCCUCGCUUGGAACUGUGUCAAUCCUACAGAGGUAGAGAGCCGACCCAGAAACCCUAGAAUCCCCAAUUUCUCGAUCGCGAAGCAGCGAGGGACAAAACAAUGGCAAUCGCGAGAACCGGAGUCUACAUCGACGACUAUUUCGAAUAUGCGAGCACAUUGCCAGCCGAGCUCCAGAGGCUCCUCAAUACAAUCAGAGAACUCGAUGAUCGAUCCCAAUCCAUGAUAAACCAGACUGGCCAGCAGACCAAGUACUGCGUGGGGUUAUCGAAACAGAGCUCUAGAAAAGGGAACUACAAUGCUUACAGCAGUAGCUACAACAAUGACGAUGAAGAGACCGAAAUCGAGAAAAUGCGUAAAGAUAUAGAGGCCAAUCAGGACAGCGCGUUGAGUUUGUGUACCGAGAAGGUGUUGCUGGCGCGGCAAGCAUAUGACCUCAUAGAUAGCCACAUUAAACGACUCGAUGAGGAUUUAAAGAACUUUGCAGAAGAUCUCAAGCAAGAAGGGAAAAUACCUCCAGAUGAGCCAGCAGUUCUUCCCCCAUUGCCUUUAAUUCCUAAAAGUGACAAGCGCAAGCCCCUAUAUUUAACGCCUCAAUCAUUCAAGAGGCCUGAUUACAGGGGGGACUGGGACCGCGAGCGGGACAGAGAUUUUGAACUCAUGCCUCCUCCAGGAAGUCAUAGAAGGGACUUUGCUGCCCCAGAUGUUGAUCAACCCAUUGAUCCAGAUGAGCCCACCUAUUGUGUCUGUCAUCAGGUGUCAUUUGGAGACAUGAUUGCCUGCGACAACGAAAACUGCCAAGGAGGUGAAUGGUUCCAUUACUCAUGUGUUGGCCUGACACCAGAGACAAGAUUUAAGGGGAAGUGGUAUUGUCCAACCUGCAGGCAACUUCCUCAGUGACAAAGAUGGCAUGCAUACACUUCAGUACAUGUGAUGGAGGAGGCAUGGAGGGACGAUUUUUUGUUCUGCCUUGAUUGGGUUAUUCUAGAGUUUAUUUAAGAUUAUGUAUCUGUCUCUUUCUUCCCAAAGUAAAGAGAAGAAAGAACCCUUGAGCGGAAGAACCGUUGAGUUUGUAAAACACUUGUUCUGCUCCUCCUCCUUCCAUGGAUGGGGAUUUAGCAAGUAACAGUUUAUAUUUGGCAGUGUAAUGGAGUGGAAGAAACAACAACGAGUUCUGGAAAAACUUCGCUGUUUCUUAUCCGUUGUUACUUUAUUCAUGUUUCUUUGGCUGAACGAUGAUCAUGUGUAUUCAAUAUUAAUCUAUAUGAUUGGCAAAAGUAGAGCUCCAUCAAUAGCUCAGCAAUAUCGAUCGGUUUAUCAA